CCGCAGUUAAAUGUCGACGUCGGCACGGUGCGGCUUAUUGUUGGAUUACGCCUAACAGUAGUGUAGUGUCGUGCUGCAGCUGUGACGAGUGUUUAGAGUGUCUGGUAUUUAUGGGAGUGAUUUAGUAUGUGUAUACUGUGGGUAGAUGCCUUUAUUAACACAUGUUUCAACUUACAAGUCUUUUGUUUACUUUUUUUUGUUUACCGAUACCCAAGAUCGGAAUACAAUCCAGUUUGAUCACAUUUUUGCGACAAUAGACGCAACGCUAAAAUGACACAACUACUUCAAACUAUUCUACUCUCGGCAACUCUGGCAAUGGUCAAUUGCGAGUUUAAACUUCUUCUCCUCCACACGAACGACAUGCACGCCCGAUUUGAGGAAACCAACGCACAUUCUGGACUAUGUUAUAAAGGCAGAGGUCGAUGCUACGGGGGCUUCGCCCGCCUCAAGACUGCCGUGAACCAAUACAAACAGCAAGCGAAGAAGGAGAGCUACAAUACCAUCUUUCUGAACGCUGGUGACACCUACCAGGGAACUGUGUUCUUCACUCUGUUUAAGGCGGGGAUAGUCUCGGAGCUCACGAAUAUGCUGGGCAUUGAUGUCAUGUCCCUGGGCAACCACGAGUUUGACGACGGGCCUGAAGGUUUGACUCCGUUCCUCAAAAAGACAUUAGUGCCCGUUGUGUGCUCCAACAUCGACGACUCCUCAGAGCCCCAACUAGAAGUCUCAACGCUGUCCCCAUCUCGUGUUUUGGAUAUAAACGGCGUCAAAGUGGGAGUUAUCGGAUAUCUCACUCCGGAUACAAAGUUCUUAGCAAAAACACGCAACGUUAAGUUUGAGGAUGAAAUAGUAGCAAUAAAGAGAGAGAGUGAAAAACUGAAGAGUAAAGGGGUGAAGAUACUAAUAGCAUUGGGCCACUCUGGAUAUAAUACAGACAAGAAGAUUGCUGAACAAGUACCAGACUUAGACGUGGUCGUCGGAGGUCACACGAACACCUUCCUGUACAAUGGGAAGGUCCCAGAUAGUGAUCAAUCUGAAGGACCCUACCCUACUUUGGUGAAGCAGGAUUCGGGGAGGAAUGUGCUGGUUGUACAGGCAUAUGCGUACACCAAAUAUCUGGGACAUCUGAAGCUUACUUUCGAUGACGAAGGGGAAGUUUUACAUAGUGAGGGAAAUCCAAUCCUACUUGACGACACUUUUAAAAAGGAUGGAGAAAUAGAACGAGCGGUCCUUAAGUAUGCAAAUGAAGUGAAGGAAUUGGCCGGAAGGAAGAUUGGAUCGUCUAAAACAUUUCUUGAAGCAGACCACGCAAGUUGCAGAUUAAGAGAAUGUAACUUUGCAAACCUCCUGACUGAUGCUAUGGUUCAAAUGAACGCACAAGAUUUCACCGGUGAGGGGUGGACUGAUGCACCUAUCGCAUUUAUUCAAGGAGGCAGCUUUCGUAGUUCCAUCGACACCGUGCUGUCUAGAGGUGAAAUCACGUACUCAGAUCUCCUGACGACAUUGCCCUUCCAGAACUCCGUAGAGAAGCUCCUGAUCUCAGGCGAGAUACUUAGACAGGUCCUGGAACACAGUGUGGAGUGGUAUGAUCCUGUCGAACGUGUCGGAGCUUUCAUGCAGUUCUCAGGAGUGUACGUCAAGUACGACCUGUCCAAACCCGUUGGGCAGAGAGUGGUGAGCGCCUUGAUCAGGUGUGGUGACUGUGGAGUGCCUCACUACCUCCCAUUGGACACCUCUAAGCAGUAUAUGGUAUUGACCAACACCUUCCUAGCGGAUGGUGGAGACGGAUACUCGAUGCUCAAGGAGGCAACGGAGAGAACCGCAUUGGCAUAUACCGACGUUGGAGCUUUGGAAAGCUUUAUAAAAGAUAGAUCGCCGGUUCAUCCAGAAAUCGAAGGCAGAAUAACAUUCGAGCCCAACGGAACUCCCAACACUGCGAGUUCAACAUCUCUUAAUUUGCUUACCGCAAUACUGUGUUUAUCAACAUUAAGCAUGUUUUCGUCUCUUUUGAGCAAAUAAAUUGCAUUAUAAAUUUAAGAUACAUAACUAUUAAAAGACUAUACAAAAUGGGACAAUAGCUUUCAUAAAGUACUGUAUAAAAUGUUUUAUGUUAACCGAAUGUGGUAUGUUGAUUGUGAUAGUUUUAUUUUAUAUAAACAUAUGUUUCAAUUUGUGCAAUGAUAAUUUAUUCGUUUUGACUAUUAAAAAUAAUGUACACUAACAGUUGUUGCGUUAUUAUUGAAGUGAGCACAUUUGAAUAUAGAGCUUGCAUAUUUAUUUAAAAAGAGAAGUAUUAGGAUUAUAUAGAAAGCAAUAAUACUUGACGUAAGCUGAUGUUAUGGUUCUAAAUAUAUUUACAUUUUUAUA